GGCUCGGGCUGGAUUAGGGCUCAGAGUUGCACGGAGUGUGGCUGAGGUAGUGCGGCGGGAGUGGAGUGCGCGCGCUCAGGGGGACAGACGGACAGACUUACUCAGUCGGCCGGGCGGCGGAGUGGUCCGAGUUACAAGACUUCUUUUCCUUCCACUUCUUCGGCACCUGCCCGGAGCAAGCGCCUGUAGCUGCCAGCCCGGGGUUUCGGAGAGUGCUUGGAGAGUCACUGAUCCGGCCGCCCCGGAGGACAGCCCCGCGGCUGACAGCGCGGGGACAGGCGGCGGCGGGAAGUUUCCCGGCCCGGAGCCCGGGGACGAACGGCCCCACGGCCCGAAGCGAACUUUUGCGGAGCUCAGAGCGCGCGCGCCGAUAAGGGUCGCGCAGGAGGGACAGUCGCCGGAGGCGCCCGCGAGCGGCCCCUGGCCCAGGAGGAGCCGGCGCGCCGGCACCCCGCGCCCGCGGGCUGGGAGGCGGCGCGGCCGGGCCCCGACUUUCCCGCCUGCCCGCCCGAGCGCUGCCGGGUCGACUCGCGCGGAAACUCGGGCUUUCUAUGAGCGCGAAGAUGGAGACGACCUUCUACGACGACGCCCUGAGCGCCUCGUUCCUGCCGUCCGACGGUGGUGCCUACGGCUACGGUAACCCCAAGGCGCUGAAGCAGAGCCUGACCCUGAACUUGGCCGACCCGGCGGGCAGCCUGAAGCCGCACCUGCGCGCCAAGAGCGCCGACCUGCUCACCUCGCCCGACGUGGGGCUGCUCAAGCUGGCGUCGCCCGAGCUCGAGCGCCUGAUCAUCCAGUCCAGCAACGGGCACAUCACCACCACACCGACGCCCACGCAGUUCCUGUGCCCCAAGAACGUGACGGACGAGCAAGAGGGCUUCGCCGAGGGCUUCGUACGCGCGCUGGCCGAGCUGCACAGCCAGAACACGCUGCCCAGCGCCGCGGCGGCCGCGCAGCCCGUGAGCGCAGCGGGCGGCGGCGGCGGCGGCGGCGGCGGAGGCUUCGGGUUGCACAGCGAGCCACCCGUCUACGCCAAUCUCAGCAGCUUCAACCCCGGCGCGCUGGGCGGCGGCGGCGGCGGCGGCAGGGCGCCAUCCUACGGCGCCGCCGGCCUGGCCUUCCCUGCGCAGCCCCAGCCCCAGCCUCCGCCGCACCCCCUACCCCAGCAGCUCCCUGUGCAGCACCCGCGGCUGCAGGCCUUGAAGGAGGAGCCGCAGACGGUGCCCGAGAUGCCCGGCGAGACGCCGCCGCUGUCCCCCAUCGACAUGGAGUCCCAGGAGCGCAUCAAGGCCGAGAGGAAGCGCAUGAGGAACCGCAUCGCCGCCUCCAAGUGCAGGAAGAGGAAGCUAGAGAGGAUCGCCCGGCUGGAGGAAAAAGUGAAGACCUUGAAAGCGCAGAACUCGGAGCUGGCGUCCACAGCCAACAUGCUCAGGGAGCAGGUGGCGCAGCUUAAACAGAAAGUCAUGAACCAUGUAAACAGCGGGUGCCAACUCAUGCUAACGCAGCAGUUGCAGACUUUCUGAGGAGAGACUGUAGAGAGCAGCGGAGAAACAAAGUAACACAGACUGACGAUAACUUGACAGCCUGCGCCGUAUAAAGAAGUGUCCGAGGACUGAAGCCAACGGUAUCCAAAUUGGAUUGGGUUGUGUCCUGACGGCGCCCCCAGCGGGCAUGAGUGGGAAAGGACUUGUGCACUCCCCUUGGCGUGGAGCCCCGGAGCGGCCGCCCCAGGGCUGCCCCCUCUGCAGACAGACGGGCUGUCCUCGCGCGAAAUGGGCGACGGACUGUUCAGCAUUGACCAAGAACUGCAUGGACCUAACAUUCAUUCAGUAUUAAACGAGGGGCGGGGGGAGGGGUUCAAACUGCUAGACAGACUGUAGAUUACUUCCGUAGUACUCCUUAAGAACACAAAGGGGAGGGGGGCGAAGGGAGGGUAUAAGGGCCAGGCUGAGCCUGCAGGUGAACUCUUUCUGGCCUGCCUUCCUCAACUGCUUAUGUACAUAUAUAUAUAUAUUUUUUUUAAUUUGAUAAAAGCUGAGUACUGUCAAUAAAACAGCUUCCUGCCUUUCUUAAGUUAUUUCAUGUUUGUGUGUCCUGCCCAGUGUUAUUUGUAAAUAAGAGAUUUGGAGUACUCUUGAGUUUACCAUUUGUAAUAAAGUAUAUAAUUUUUUUAUGUUUUUUUCUGAAAAUUCCAGAAGGGAUAUUUAAGAAAAUACAAUAAAAUAUUGAAAAGUACCCCCCAAA